UGUGGCAUUUCCUAACCCUCUUACCCUUCUUAUAUUCACUCUCUUUCUCAUAGCCUCUAUUCUCCUUCUCUGUUUCAUUCAUUGCUUUGCUUUGCAUUGCAUUGCUCACUUGUCUUUUUGUUGCUCUUCAUGGCUCCAGCCUUGGAUGCCCAAGAGGGAGAAACUGUGCCCCCCAACAACUUCUUCAACAGUGUCAAUGAUGCUAUGCACAGAUCCAAAGUUACUGUCAUUGGAAGUGGCAAUUGGGGUAGUGUUGCAGCUAAGCUUAUUGCUUCCAAUACCCUUAGGCUUAGCUCCUUCCAUGAUGAAGUGAGGAUGUGGGUAUAUGAGGAGACAUUACCAAGUGGUGAGAAGCUCACAGAUGUCAUCAAUCGAACCAAUGAAAAUGUCAAAUAUCUCCCUGGAAUCAAGCUUGGCAAAAAUGUUGUUGCAGAUCCAGACCUUGAAAAUGCAGUGAAGGAUUCCAACAUGUUAGUCUUUGUGACUCCACAUCAAUUUAUGGAAGGAAUAUGCAAAAGGCUUAUUGGGAAAAUAAGGGCAGAUGCUGAGGCUAUUUCCCUUGUCAAAGGGAUGGAGGUCAAAAUGGAAGGCCCAUGUAUGAUCUCUAGUCUCAUCUCCCAGCAACUUGAAAUCAAUUGUUCUGUCUUAAUGGGGGCCAACAUUGCAAAUGAGAUAGCUGUAGAGAAGUUUAGUGAAGCAACUGUUGGAUACAGGCAUAACAAAGAGGUUGCAGAAAGAUGGGUUCAGUUGUUUUAUACUCCCUAUUUCAUUGUGACAGCAGUUCAGGAUGUUGAAGGAGUUGAGCUAUGUGGAACUUUGAAAAAUGUUGUGGCCUUAGCUGCAGGUUUUGUUGAUGGCCUAGAGAUGGGAAAUAACACAAAAGCCGCAAUCAUGCGACUUGGUCUAAGAGAAAUGAAGGCAUUUUCAAAGUUGUUGUUUCCAUCUGUUAAGGACAGCACCUUUUUUGAGAGCUGUGGUGUGGCUGACCUUAUCACAACAUGCUUGGGUGGAAGAAACAGAAAAGUUGCUGAGGCUUAUGCAAAGUAUGGAGGGAAAAGGUCUUUUGAUGAGCUUGAAGCAGAAAUGCUACAAGGCCAGAAAUUGCAGGGUGUCUCAACUGCUAGCGAGGUUUAUGAGGUUCUUAGCCAUCGUGGGUGGCUAGAGUUGUUUCCUCUCUUCUCAACAGUGCAUGAGAUAAGCACUGGCCUUCUUCCACCAUCAGCCAUAGUUGAAUACAGUGAGAAGCUACCAAGGUCCUUCUAAUUGAGGUAUAUUUGUGUAUAAGAAAUAUAAACUGCAGUGACAGUUCCAGAAUAUACAAAAAAGCAUGCUUUAGCCAUGCAUCAACCAUGGAAAAGAAAGUCUUAGCGACACUGCUUCUUUUUCUUUCCAAAAUAUCAUGCCAACAAGGAACUCCAUGGUUAAGGUUCUCUCAAGGCCAAGGAAGUUGACUUUUAUAUGAAGUUCUUAUCAUCAAGUUAUAUUAUUCCUCAGCAAACAUAUGUGCAACACAGACAUACAUAGUUACAUAUACAAUAAAGAAGUAAUUUGAAUUUCUC